AUGCAGCUGCUGGCAAGGAUCGAGGAGGAGUCACAAGACACUACUGGAGGAGUGAGUCCCGUUACCAGUCGGAAGGCUGACAUACUGGCAGUAGACCUCGGGCCAGGGGGUAAGUGGAUUGUCAAUAUUCUGUACGUUUGCCCACAGCGCAUUCUCCUCUUCUUCCUGAAGUCGAGGCGAACGAAAAAGGCACCAGACCGCAGGGAAGAUGAAACCACCGAUGAAGGUACAAGUCGUACAGACGACAAGGACAUCGUCUAG